AUGUCUGAAUUAGAUGGCCACGAUGCUGAAGUACGGAGUGCUGAAGGAGAGGCGAAUCAGGAUGCUGCGCAGCAAGAGCCUUCAACAGAAAAGGGUGAAAGUGCUCGUGAAAAUGUAGACAUUGAUUUUUCUGAAGACGAACUUUCAGACUUGGAUGAAGAUCAAUUCGAAAAUUUUGAUGAAACGAAAAUUGGUCGUGAAGCCGAUGAUGAACCUACCAUUUACAAUUUACCUUCAUUUAGAAAAAAGCAACACUCUGAGGAUAUCAAACCAAGUAAAGUGGAAAGCAGCAAAAAAGAACGACGUGCUCGGAGGGGUAGGUCACGUCGUCCUGCUCAACGAGGAGCUUUGGACGAGCUUGAAGGGUUGGAAGAAGGAGACCGCCGUCCUGCCGAAGAAGAGCUUCCUAUGGAUCCUACUGUGGCCGCUAAGCGACAACUGGAUAUGCAGAUAGAUGCAGUUUUGAAACCAACUCGUCAGAAAAAGCGCUCCAACGAAGAUAAUAUUGAACAAUUAGCAGAUGAUGAAGUGCUUCGUUUGCGCGAACAAAUGCGUUUGGCUGCGUUACGGGAUGCAGAACUGAAUUCAGAACGCCUUCCUGCUACCGAAAAACUGAAAAUGCUUCCGCUUGUAGAUUCCGUGCUUCGAAAAACUCAUUUAUAUGAUACCAUUCUCGACAACAAUUUGUUGGAUUCCGUCCGAAUGUGGUUAGAACCAUUGCCUGAUCGAUCCCUUCCUGCCCUAAAUAUUCAACAAUCAUUGCUCGAUAUUCUAACGAAGCUACCUAUUGAAACAGAGCAUUUGCGUGAAAGCAAAAUUGGCCGCAAGCCUGAGCCAUUCAUCAAGCGCAUUGCAGAUCGCCUUGUUAGUGAAUGGAGUCGUCCAAUCAUAAAAAGGAGUGCGAACUACCGCGAUCGCGCUGUGGGUAUUGCUACCUUGAACCCUGAGCUUAUAAACAUGCGACGUCGUAGAGAUCUUGCCAUUGCUGAGGAUGAUGUCAAUAAUCCCACCGGUAGGAUUGGACAAACAGUUAUUCCUCGAUCCAUCGAUUCUAGAUACCAAGUUGCACCCAGAGUGCGUCUCAAUCAAUCCGGGUUGUCUGUCGCUGGCCGGUUGAAGCCUGCUGAUACGGAACAAGUCCGUAAAUUGAAGGCGAAGAUGAAAGCUGUUCGCAGUAAAAAUGCAAAGAAGAGUGGAGUUAGUAUCGAAGGUCGAGGCCUAUAA